ACAGAGAAAAGCCUGUUGUUAAGGAAAACUGGCACAGUUUUAAGGAGCCCCUGGGGUGUCUAAAAGGCAAACAGACCUGAAACUGGCACUCAGCUGAGCCUAGGCCAGAAGAAAUCAAUAAUUCUGCAAAUAGGCCUACUUCUCUUCAAAUUAGGAACCAAAUGAUAGCUCAGACAAUUUAUUUAUUCAGAAAUGUUGAGCUUUGGUCCUACGGAGAUGGUUUAGUGCUUAAGAAUUCUUGCUGCUUCUUAGAGGACCCAGAUUUGGUUUCCAGCACCCGUCUUGAGCAGUCAACAACUGCCUCUAACACCAAUUCCAAAGGAUCCAGUGCCCUGUUCUGGUCUCCAUGGGUACCUGCAUACACGUGGCAUUAAAAUGUUUACAGAAACAAACUUCUUUUUAAAUGCCGGGCUCUAUUUAAAUAGUUGCUGGAAGCCUUUUUUUUUUUUUUUUUUAAUUUAAAAGAUCAAGUUUCUCUACAUAGACUGCCUGUCCUGGAACUCUUAUGCAGACCAAGCUGGCCUCAAACUCAUCGAGAGUCACCUGCCUCUGCUUCCUGAGUGCUGGGAUUAAAGGCAUGAGUGCCAGGUUUUCACCAUCACCACAGGAGUGGGGAGUGAACGGGGGUGGAAGCUUCUCUUGGUUAGUGCCAAGUCUUGGUUUGACGGGUCACACUGGUGGCAAGCGGGAGGGAAUAUAUAUAAAAUUUAAGGAGCUGCAAUGCUUAAAGAGUGAGUGAGUGGAACCCUGGGAUGUGAUUAGUAGUUAGUACUCGUCUAGUAUGGUCAAGGCUCGGGGUUGAAUCCUUAGCACUUCAAGAAGUAGCUAAGUCUGCCUGGUUGUGUGUUGCCACUUCUAAACAGGAGAGCAGGGGAACUUGGAUGCUAAUGGUUCCUCGUGUAGCUUUAAUAAUGAUCACCAUCACCCCUUGGUCUGUCAGACCAUCUCCCAAUCAUUGCUCUGCCCUCCAGAGACUGGGUUCUGGGGAUGUCCAGCCACUAGACAAGGGUGACCACAGCCAUCUAAGGACCUGUCUCAGAGUGAAAGCCCAUUUUGGGAAACAGGUGCAGGAUCACAGAAGCUCGAUGACGGGACAUUUCAAGACAGACUGGAGGCCCGCCGUGUGACAUUCUGGUCGUCCUGGGGAAAUGGGUUUACAGGUCUCUGGAGAGGUAAAAUGUGGGAACUUUGGAAUCAUGCACUUUGAACCUCAGCUUCGCCACCAGCCAUGUGACCUUUGCCAGGUUUUCCCAUUAGUCUCAUUUUCCUCAUUCCAAAAAGAAAUAACAAUAUUUUGUUAGGGGACUGAAAUCAGGUCUGGGGAGAUGGCUCCGCUCUGUCAGUAAAGUGCCUGUUUCGUGAGCUUGAAGACUUGAGUUUGGAUUGAUGGCACCCACCCAGGUUCAUGGCCUGGAAGGAGGUCUAUGAUAGCCAUUCUUUGCCUUCCAAAUGAGUGAGUUUAUUGAGCACAUAUAUAGCACUCAAAAGUAGAAUAACGAGUGACCGAAAGGUAGAAACAGUGAGUAGAGGGCGAAAUACAAACUCCAGGCUAAAACUACCCAGCAGAAACCAACUGGGGAAGCCUCAUGGAGGCCUGCAGCCGGAGAUCCUAAUAGUCUCCUCCAGUGAGGCUUCCAGGAGAGAGAACAAAGAACAGAAAAAUAGCAUCAUCACACCAAGGGCUUACAAACAUGUAAUACACGCCAGCUGGGGAGAUCACCUAAGGCAGCCAGCUGGAGGUCCCAAGAGAGACUGUCCCUGGCAAGUGUCACCUCCAGAUCCAGGUAGCAACGGAAGGAUGCUUGGGGAAAUUGAGACAGCUGGGGUCCUGAUGGAGCUUUCCUCGGUGAACUCCCUACUGAGCAACUCCUGGCUUCUCUUUUUCCACUGUAGGCAUCUUUCACAUCGUGGGGCCAAGAAUAGUAACAUCUUUUGGACGUAAUUUGUCUUCUAGCUUUUCCCAAGGAUACCGUGUCUUUACUCUUGGGACGUUUCGCUGUUCUCUUUCCUCCCUGUUACAGAGCCAAGAGAGGUACAGCCCAUUCCUUGACAACAUGCCUCAGAGGAUACUUUAAGACAAACUCGCUCAGGUCUGGGAUGGGAGGGGGCAGCUCUGUUUCCAGAGCCUGUUAGUGAGCUCAAAUGACACAGACAGUUGACCAAUGGAAUACACCUUGUAUGUAGAAAGCUGGACGCGGUGCAGAUCUGUAACAGUCCUGGGGCGGGGGCGGGACAGAGACAGAUCUUCGUGGCUCAUUGGACAGCCAGUUAAACUGGUGAGUUCAAGUUCAAUGAGAAACGCUGUCUCCAAAACCAAGGUUAAAAAUACAAUAGAUGACUUCUGUCCUUUACUCUGGCCUCAACACACAACUUGCAAUCGUACAUUUAUAACACCUCUGAUAUCUCUGCCCACCCCCCCCACACACACAGAAAUAAUAUUUCAUCAAGGUGUUGGACACAGUGUCUAAGGCUAUCUGCUUGCAAUUUUCAGUAAGUUUUGAACAGUAACACCUUGGCAGUCCAUGCGAACAGAAAAAGACCAAAGAUAGUGUCUAGCACAAGAAAUGGUAUGUCUCCUGGGCCAAAGGGGGAACUGUGUGUUCCAAGUUUAGCAACAGAGAGGGAUGCCUGGUUCUAGAGGAGAGAUAAAAUAAAAGACAGUUCACAGUGCAGAAAGAUACCUCUCUUUGAAACAGCCAGGGUAAGAGCAGAAAUACCAUGGGGAUCUUUUGAGGAGGGAUAAAAGGAGAAAUAGAAAUGAUAUUUCUGUCUCCGAGUCCCCGGGGAUGACUGCCAGGCACAGUGUUUGCCAACAAUGCUGUUGUAAUUGGCAAAGCUGACACGGGGUGAAGGGUAGGUGAGGGCUCAGAACGCAUUCCACUGCUCCAGUAGGUCUUGAAAGUUUGCUGAGUUUAGAGUGUCUGUGUCGUUCCUGAGUUAUCUAGUUCAGGGUUUUAUCUCAGACAAAGCAGAGAAAGUUUUGCCCUGUUAGUAUACUGAACAGAGAGUCAUAAGGGAGCCGAGGGGAUGGCUCAGUUGGUAAAUUGCCUGUCAUGCAAACAUGACAAGCUGUGUUGGGAUCCUGUGUACCCAUGUAAAAGCAGAACUCAGUGGGGCCGGUCUGGAACCAAGUGCUGGGGGUGGGAGGAGGAGGAGGGUUUCUGGAGCAGUCACCGUCCAGCCAGCCUGGCUGUGUCAGUGAGCUCCAGGGUCAGUGAAAGACUUAACAAUUAGGUGGAGAGCAAUUGGGGCAGACACCCAACAUUGACCUCUGGCUUUCACACACAUGUACACACAGUGUGCCCUUGUGCAGCUGUGCCCACGCGCGCGCACACACACACACACACACACACACACACACACACACUCACUCAACUCACACACAAACCUGGUAAUAAAGGGAUCCAUUGUGGGUUUUUUUUAAACAAAUGCACAAUGUUUGGUAAAAACUCAAUGACUAGGGUGAUGGUUCAGUGGAUAAAGUGCUUGCCAUGUAAUAAUAAAGACUUCAGUUUUGAUCUGUCUCGCGCCCAAUGUCCCGCCAGCAAGAACGAUGCGCGGCAACAGGAUUCUUCUGCGAGCAAACCUUUACUGUGUUACAGCUCUUCUGAACAGGGACCCCGAGCAGCAAAAUCGCUCGGCUUAUAUAGACAACAGUAUGCUAAUUAUCUCUCAGGGAUUGGUGGGGCUUGGAUCACCCCACUACUUGUCCUCCAGUGAUUGGCGGAGAAUGAAUCACCUCAUUAGCAUAUUAACGGUCAACUGACACCUGGUGCAUAAACCGCACAUGUGCAGUACCGCUGUUCACCACUAGAGGGAGCCCUAGCAAGGGGACAACCCUGCACAUGCGCAAGGUUCAGUCCAUUAUCAUCACGGCAAGAAGCAUGGCAGUGUGCAGGCAGACGUGGUGCUGGAGAAGGAGCCGAGGGUUCUACGUCUGGAGCAGCUACCCGCUCCCGUCCCCAGCGCUCAGCCCCACAGAAAGGCUGCCUUUCGGCCUCGAGGAGAACGGGGGCACGCCAUUUGCUCCCAAAGCUUCGGGGAGACACCACCAUCAGCACCAGCACCACUCCAACUACGGCCUUUCUCUGACCCUGGAGAAUAAGGAGGCGCCGCUGAGGUCCCCGAACUCCAGCAAGGCCCUCACCAAACUGAGCCCCGGAGCACCUGCCCUGUACAGCGAAGCAGCUGCCCAUCUGAAGAAACUGGAGCUGGACACCGUGAAGGCAGCGGGACCCUGGCCUGCCCUGCACAUCAACAUAAACAAGGCCGAGGAAAAGAAAGUUUCCGAGAAGACCCUUCAGACCCCGCUGCUGCCUUCGCCGGUGGCAGAUCAUGUGAAAUGUAACAUUUUGAAAGCACAGCUAGAGAAUGCCUCUCGUGUGAAUGCCCAGAUUGGAAAAGAGGAGCCCUCAUUUGUAAAUAUCAAUAAGAAGUCGAGUCUCCAGGAUACUAAUGUCAGAAGCCCCAUUCCUAUCCGUGUGGAAGCCGCCCAGCCAGCUGUGGAGAAGCCGGAAAUCAAACCUCCCCGAGUGAGGAGGUUAACAAGGCAGUAUAGUUUUAACCGCAGUGAUGAAGAUGACCUCCCUCCAGACCUCGCUGAGGCAGUGGGAGCCACCACGGCCACAACCACAAACACCACGAUGUCUGCCACUCAAGUUUCGGUGUCACUGGCGUCCCCCAAAAUCCAGCAAGUCAGCUCGCCUCAGAAGUCAGAAGUCAAGAGCCCUCUGUCCCCAGGGGCCAAGAGUCCCUCUGACCAUGGAGGCACCUUUACCCUGGGGCCAGGUGACUUGCUGAUGGACUUUACAGAAGCCACUCCUCUGGCAGAGCCCGCCAGCAGCCCCCACUGUGCACAUUCUCGCUGCUCUCCUCCACUCUCUCUCCCCAUGAAGGAAGAGACCACUGGAGUUUGCAUGUACCCUCCAAUCAAAACGAGGCUGAUAAAAACGUUCCCUGCAGAACCAAUGAUGAACCCGUUUCCUGAUCCCUUUGCCACAGGACCACAGUUCGCUGCAGACUUUAGAGAGAACAAAUUACAGUGCUGUCCUGGCCAGUCUUCCCCGUUGAUUCCAACAGCGACCCUGCGGCCACUGACUGAGACUGUGGCUACAGUACAGACCAUCUACACCUCCCGGAAGCCUGUCUCUCUGGCAGCCAGUGCAGAGACGCUCCGGCAGGAACUGGAGAGAGAGAAGAUGAUGAAAAGAUUGCUGAUGACCGAACUGUGACACUCCACCCUUGCUGCCUGGAGAUGGCAUGGUGCCUUCGUCCGCUUCCUUUCCUCGGGCUCGGUGUGCUCACUGCCGCACGAGAUACAGAUGUGUGCUCUGUUCGCCCAGGUCUCCAGGGUUAGCGGAAGCCAGCUUCCGGCUUGACUUGGUUGGACAAGUUAUUUUACGUCUCCUGAGCACGAGAGGUUUUUCUACUGCUCAAUGCAGUGGAGACAGGGUUUGGUAGGAAGUUUUCAGAAGAAAGGGGAUUUCUAUUCAGAGGUACCUGUGUGUAUCUGUUAGUAACCCCAGGGGCUAAUGCAGCGCAGAAUCCUCCGCUUACACUCUCAACGAUGUGACUUUUUCUAUGAUUGACAUUUGCACCAAGCUUUGGCUGUUUGUUAAAUGGGUCAUUUUAUGAGAGAAUAAUUCUUUACUGCUGGUUUUCCAUUUACACUGAAUAAUACACAGAUCUUGUAAAGUUAUUUUUAUUCAGACAUGAGUAGAUGAAUGGGGAAAAGUUACAUAUUAUAUAACUGAAAAUACUUCAGCUUAACCUGAACUACAAUCGAAUGUGUGAACUCGUUGGAUACAAAACAACUUGGGAUAAAUGGAAUUUAUCUUUGAGACCCAUGUAGGAAAUUCUCACUUACAUUGUCUAAAAAAUCUUUACAGGGUCAAGAUGAUUUAAUAUCCGGAAGCUUCAUUUGGCUUUUCCGUAAAGACAGAUUAUUUCUAAAUUCCAUCCACUCUAACCAACGUUGAUAGGACCUGGCCCAGAAGAAACUUAACUCCCUUUUUAUAUGGUUUCAAGAAAUGUGUUUUUAAAUUUUUAUUAUGCACUUGAAUAACUUUGCAGGAAUUAAGGACAGCUACCCACAGACAGCUCUAAAGUUCUUCCUGCUUCUCACAGCUACGCUGUUUUUACAUAGCUGUGCUCAGCGCUGACACCCUUUUGUUAUAUUUCUUUACCUAACACAUCUUAUUAGACAGAUACCUUCACUAACUUAAUAUCUUUAUAUUCACAUGGCGCAGUUAACCUCACUUCUCCCCAUUAAUAGAUAUUUGAGUUAUAUGCAAAUUUUCACACUUAUAAAUAGUGCUGCUAUGAAUGUCUUUGUAAAAAAUAUAAAUAAAUAAAUAUAUAUAUAAAAUCCUUCUCUUGGAUUAUUCCCCUCUGGAAUAGCUCCAAAGAGGGAUUACAAGGUCAGAGAGCAUGAAGUAUUUUAUAGCUCUUGUUUUAUAUUGCCAGAUUGCUUUCUAGAAAGAUCCAAUCUUUGGAUUGGAAGGACCUUAAAGGUCACCUCAUUUAAACUUCCCCUCCUCUGAAUGCUUGAAUCCCCUCCACAAUUUAUAAUGCCACCAGCAAUGUAUAAGCAUUUCUAUUUACCAAUAGCUCUGCCAGUACUGGGUUUUGCUAUUCUAAUUUAUUUUUUGCUAGUUUAAUAGAUGUGUAGACUUGUUCUUGAGAAGCUGUCUUAUUUGAUGAACUGCUCGCAAGGCUGAACACUUUUCCGUGGGAUGAGUUACAAGCUGCAUUCUCUUGUAUGUAAACUGUCCCCAUCCACUUCUUAUGACUGCCUGUUUCAUGGAACUGAUCUCGUACCUUUGUAUCAGAACUGUAUUUUUAUGUUGUAUUAUACUUUGCUUUUCCCCCUACCCCUACAAAUGAAUGGUGCCAAUAAUUUGAUACUAAUGACUAUAAAAAUCGCCUCACUGACUAGCGUUGAGGUAUGUAAACAGGUAUCUGGAUAACCAAGGAGUAACCCUUUAAGUACUGACUCUUUACAAUUUAAUAUUUUUUUGAGGGAGAUCUUUAUAGGAUGAAUGGCACAUUUCCCUGCCGCCUUAGCACACAGAGUAUCCUGGAGGGUCUUCAGCCCUUUCCUGACGAAUCCUGGUCGUCAGUACACAUAUCCGCCCCUCCUGUACCUUUGUAUGGUACAAAAAAAAAAAAAAAAAGUCACGAGGAGCUAUCAACACAUGCCGGGCUUGCUGGGACCUUAUAUAGGCCAUGGCCCUCUUCUCACCAACAGCCCUUUAUUGUUGUCCUGCUGUUUCCGUGGAGCUGUCUGGUGUUGGGUGGGUACUUUCCACUCACGGAGCCCUUUGGCUGUUCUCUGUUAUGUGCAUGUGACAUAAACCAUGUUCCUAUAGAACAGGAGUUGUCACCUCCUGCCAACCCAGCAGCUGCUUCCUCUUCUGAGCUGCUCUCUGUGGUAUGCACUCCCCUCACAGCUCCCCACCCCUGCUCUCGAAUGGAAACCUCCAGAACACAGCAGAAGGUUUCCAGAGCAUUCAGGACACAAGUAUAUCCCAUGUGUAUGAUUUGCUCUGUUUCUAAGGAGGGGUACGGGGUACAUGGAUGUUUUGGCUGCUGCUUUCAGGAGGCUUACAAGCUCCUUCAUUGUCCUCCCACCUCUCCCUUGGGUUCACAAGAGUCUCCAACAUGUGGGCAUCACUGCAAGCCUGAGCACACACAUGUGGUAUAUUCUAUUGUAUAUGACCACAUAUACAUAUAUAUACAUAUAUAUAUAUAUAUAUAUAUGUAUGUAUGUAUGUAACCCGGUACCACUGGCAGUUCACCCCAACCAGUAAAGUCCACAGCAGUGUGUUGCUGCUGUGGCCAUUUUCUUUUGCCUCCUUAAAUGUACGGUGGUGCUUGGCAUUGAGACCUACGGUGAUGCUGCCCUGGGUGAACUCACAAUGACUAUAAGGAAUUGUGCAAUUAUUACCUUCUUUGUCUACUUUAGACCCAAACAACAGCACUGGAAGGUAACACAACACCCACUGUGGAUCCAAGAGGAGAGGGGAGAGUGUGCUAACAUAAUCAAUACAGAGCUGGGACUCCAAACCGUGGCCUGAGACUCCAGGUUGGGAACUCAUGGUGUGUCACUGCAGAAGUCUGGUACCCCUCAACCCAUAGAGCUGACAGGUUGGGGACAGCACAAAUUUUUAGGUGUGAGAAGGGAGGCAUUUGGCAUUUAGAAACUCCCACCAGGAUUCAUCUGGCAUUUUACCCUGAAGAGCACAGGGAGGUUCUUAUGCUGUCGUUAUUGCUUACCAUUUCAAAGAUCACAGACCUUUAAAGUCUUUGAAUAAAGCCCACCGUUUUAAUGAGUUUAAAGUGUGCACCUCAGUGUCUUUCAGCCUGUCCAUGAUGCUGGGCAAACACAUCUGACUUUCGACUCUGCCCUUCCCCUAGUGACCACUAACCACACCCUACCCCGGCCUGUAGGUUUCUGAUUAUGAAUUUGCUUGUUCUAGACACUUCGUAUAUCUGGAAUCAUAUAGUUUAUGGGCUUCUGUGAUCAGCUUCUCUCAUGUAACCAUGUUUUCAAGGUUCAUCUAUGUUAUAGCAUGUAUCAGAACUUCAUUCUGUCUUUGUGACUGAAUAGUGGAGAAGGCGAGGAUUACCAUGUUUUGUUUGCAGAUAUCUGGGUUGCUCCCACUUUGGGGCCAUUAUGAACGAUAAUUUUAUGAACAUUCAUGCACAACUUUUUUUUUUUGGUGUGAACAUAUGUUUUGGGUUCUCUUGGAAUUGCCAUAUCAUAUGGCAAGUCUGUGUUUAACUUUCUGAGGGACUUCCAAGAUCGCAGCUUUUAUAUCUUAUGAAAUUCGACGUGAAAAAUGACACGCACCAGGCGGUCAGAGGCAGGGCACAUCUGUUCCCGGUUGGAUACUGAAUGGUAGCACUAAUUUGGGGAUGUUUUAUAACAGAAAAAAAAGGGCCUUUUGAGAAAUUAUUUUGAUGAGAAGAGAAAUAAAGGUUGUCUGUCUUUUAAAAAUGAAAAUGAAA